ACACAAUUCCCCGCCCUGUACUGCCGUAUGCCGUAUCCCGUUCACGGUCACGGGCGCUCCACAAAAUCUCGUCGCGGCCUCGCGGGUCUGGGCUCCGGCGAGCGGCGAUCGUUGCCGCGCCCAAUGGCCGCCAUCGUAGCACCAAAACCCCUCCCGUUCCUCACCUUCCUCACCACCCGCUUACCCGCGCGGCGUUCCACCCAAACCUCCUGUUCGUCCAGUGCCGGCCGCCGCGGUCCCGCGGUCGCGGCCACUCCUCGUCCAGCUUGCAGGGUCCAUUCCCGCUUUAGGUCUCUUCUCCCUCCCAGCGCGGCAGCCUCGCCCCCAACCGCGGCAGUGGGGGAAGGCAUGUCCGAUCCGGAGCUGAGGCUGGUGCUCGAGCUCGCUACCGACGAGGAGCUGAUGGAGGUCGAGGAGAUCCUCUACGGCACCAGCUAUUUUAGUCCAUUGCUAAAGUCAAUUGCAAGAAGACCAAACUCAGAUGGUGUUGUUGUUUUGGAUGAUAUCGAGGAGAGAGAUCAUUUCAUCUCAAAGUUAGAGUCAAGGUUCCUGUAUCUUGCUGCAGAUGCUCGCUCUAUCAUAAGGAGGUGGAGACCAUCGUACAGAGAUGUCUUGCUCAGAGUAAGAAAAAAAAUUGGUGUUCGAUGCUCUAGCAAAUUGUGUACUGCAGACCUUGAGGCAGAAAUAUUUCUUCACAUUGUGCAUGAAUAUUCAAGCCACAAGAAAGACCGACUUUCAUUUCCAUGGGAUAAACAAAAAUCUCCAAAAGAGACCUCUAGCCUUGGUGCAAACAACUGGAAGGUGCUUACUGAUGUGGCUUGGAGGGUUGGAAGAAAGGGAAUGGAAACUACCUUUCUAAAGGGUGGUAGUGCAUUGACUUUGAAAACGAUAUAUGAAUCGUUAGCCAGUAGACUGUCUGGAAAACUGCUGAAGGAGGCUGCAAAUUAUGAGAUAAAGAAAGAACUUGUUAAGCAGGGUGGGCGGUUGGCUGCAGUUAACCUGGAGUCUAGAGCUGGUUUGCUUGCAGCUAGGCAGGGUUUGGCUCGUGCAGCAUCGAGAUAUGUUGGACUCAGGAGUGUCAUGACAUUUCUUGGACCAAUAAUGUGGGGGACGCUCUUGGCUGAUAUUGUGAUUCAAAUGCUGGGCACGGAUUAUGCUAGGAUCGUCCAGGCAAUCUAUGCAUUUGCUCAGAUUCGUCUCACUCGGACAAGUUACAUAGAACCUGAUGAAGAAUGACCAGAGUACGAUCGUUACUGGACUAGCCUAACUGGCAUUCUGAUCUAAAAUUUAUUACCACCCCAUACUGUACAUUCUACCCAUGAAGAUCAUCAUCUGCUUCUGUGGAUUCUGGUGCAAAUACUCCACUGGACAACAAGGUCAGGCUUCAGACUUUGGAGUACUGCUAAUGGAAGUCAAUAUAAGGGACAUACCGCAAGACGUUGGGUCGCGGGGACAGUCACAGAGCACAGCAGGCUACUCCCCUGAUUGAAAAUUCGAGGUAAAGCUUAGCAAAACUAACCUAAUUGUGACAAUGGGAAUAUAGUAGUGUAGUGUUUAACAACGAGCUCCACAAUGGCCAUUUGGGCGACCUACCCUGUGAACGCGGAAGUUGUGACUGAAUUUACUUCCGCUUCACACUUCCACGGGGCCCGAAGUUGUAGACCAUGCAUUCCGCUCUGCUCCGGUUGAAUAUUGUAAAAUAUUGCUCCCCUGUCCUAAACUAUUCCUCCUAACGUUCGGUUAGGCAAGGCAGAUCUCAUUGACAUACCCUGGUGCCACAAUCUACAGACAUGCUUGUACACAACACAACAGCGCAGAAUUUACAUGUAACACCCUACCUGUUUCCUGUGUACAAAAGGGCUAUUGAUUCAUGAUCAUCACCUGAAGUAAUUUUUUCUUUUUAGAAAGGCGGCAAGAGAUUUGCCAGGAUUUUGUCAGACAAAGGAAAGGAAUGGUGCCUGCUUGGUAAUGUCCAAGUCUCGGAGAUGUCUCAAAUUGUAUUUUUUUUUUCAUCUUUUGUCGAUAACUUCAAAUUCGAAAUGCGCUGUUUGGCGCAUGGAACUCGAUACCUUUAUUCAAUGGAAAGAGCUGGCCGCAACAAUUAGCUUAACGCCGCAUAUAUCUGGAAAGCACAAGGUUUUGCGUGCAAAGUUUUCCAGAACAGAGCAGAGGAACCAUGCAUGCUGCCGAGCGGCAUGUCUAGAAGGAUGUCUCGCCACAUUGUUUACAGCGCUCACCGUGAUCACGCGCGCACACUCCUUCACCAGACCGCCCAAGGUUUCUAAAUCCUGGGCACUUACCGCGUGAGACCGGGGCGCCGAUGGAACCACCACGGCGACCCUCCCUCGCAACCGCACGCCGUACGCCAUAAAGCCGCCCGCACCACCAGCUCCGCCGGGCGCUGGCGUCCGGCGACAUGGCCGCCGCCAAUAAGACGAUGGUGAUCAGCCUGGGGAGCUCGCGGCGGCGGAAGCGCGGCGAGAUGCUGUUCCGGUUCGAGUCCUUCUGCCAGCCCGGGUACCCGGCGCCGCUCGCCGGCGGGGGCGCCUUCAGGGACAACGUCAGGGCGCUGCUCGGCCUCGCGCACCUGGAGGCCGGCGGCGCGCAUGGCGACACCAAGUGCUGGUCGUUCCAGCUCGAGCUGCACCGCCACCCGCCCACCGUCGUCAGGCUCUUCGUCGUCGAGGAAGUGGUCGACGCGUCGCCGCAGCGCCAGUGCCUCCUCUGCCGUCACGUCGGUUGGGGUCGGCAUCUGAUCUGCACCAAGAGGUUUCACUUCGUGCUGCCCAAGAGGGAACUGUCAGUGGAGGCUGACGGCCUGCACUACGGGAUCAACCACGGCCCGGAGAAACCGUCCAAAGGCACGGCGACCUCCAGGGGCCACCUGCUGCACGGCGUGGUGCACCUCAACGGCUUCGGCCACCUCGUUGCCCUGCACGGCUUCGAGGGCGGCUCCGAAUUCGUCGCCGGCCACCAGAUCAUGGACCUCUGGGAUCGCAUCUGCUCCUCCCUAAACGUCAGGAAGGUGAGCCUCGUCGACACGGCGAGGAAGGGGCACAUGGAGCUGCGGCUGCUCCACGGCGUCGCGUACGGCGACACGUGGUUCGGGCGGUGGGGCUACCGGUUCGGCCGGCCCAGCUACGGCGUCGCGCUGCCGUCGUACCAGCAGUCGCUGCACGCGCUCCAGUCGGUGCCGCUCUGCGUGCUGGUGCCGCACCUGUCGUGCUUCAGCCAGGACCUCCCCGUGGUGGUGACCAAGUACCAGGCCAUCAGCGGCCACAAGCUGCUGAACCUCGGCGACCUCCUGCGCUUCAUGCUCGAGCUGCGGACGCGCCUCCCGGCGACCUCCGUCACCGCCAUGGACUACCGCGGCAUCAUGUCGGAGGCCUCGUGCCGGUGGUCGGCCAAGCGCGUGGACAUGGCGGCCCGCGCGGUGGUGGACGCGCUCCGCCGCACCGAGCCGCCCGCGCGGUGGGUCACGCGGCAGGAGGUGCGCGACGCCGCGCGCGCCUACAUCGGCGACACGGGCCUCCUCGACUUCGUGCUCAAGUCCCUCGGCAACCACAUCGUCGGCAACUACGUCGUGCGCCGCGCCAUGAACCCGGUCACCAAGGUGCUCGAGUACUGCCUGGAGGACGUCUCCAGCGUGCUCCCGGCGGUGGGCGGCGGCGGCGGCAAGAUGAGGGUGCGGUUCCAGCUCACGCGGGCGCAGCUCAUGAGGGACCUGACGCACCUGUACCGCCACGUGCUCAGGGAGCCGAGCCAGGCGCUCACCACCGGCGCCUUCGGCGCGAUCCCCGUGGCAGCGCGGAUGGUCUUGGACACCAAACACUUCGUCAAAGAUUACCACGAAGGUUUCGCUCCGAUCAACAGUGUCGGAGCUGGGCACGUCCACAUGAACCUGUGUUGCACGCUGCUUGUGAGGAACGGGAGCCCGGAGCUGGUGGCGCCGCCGUACGAGACGGUGACCCUGCCGGCGCAUGCAACGGUGGGCGAGCUCAAGUGGGAGGUGCAGAGGCUGUUCAGGGAGAUGUACCUCGGCCUGAGGACCUUCACGGCCGAGUCCGUCGCCGGGGUCGGCGUCAGCAAGGACGCUUGCCCGGUGCUCGGGCUCAUCGACGUGGGAAGCGCCGUGGUGAUCGAAGGGACAGUCGUCGAGCAGCAGCAGCUGGCGGAUGAAGGCGUCCAGCCGGGGAACGAGGCGGCGGCUGUGAGCGAGGGAGGCGGCGACAGCGAGAGGAUCGUGGACUGCGCGUGCGGAGCGGACGACGAGGACGGGGAGCGCAUGGCGUGCUGCGACAUCUGCGAGGCGUGGCAGCACACCCGGUGCGCGGGGAUCAAGGACACCGACGACGCCCCGCACGUCUUCGUCUGCAACCGCUGCGACAACGACGUUCUGUCGUUCCCUCCCUUGAGCUGUUAGAAACCGAUGGCGGGACGGGAUAAACACAUCGCAUUUGAGAUUGGAAAAGAAUCUGAACUUCUUCGGUGAAAAGGAAAUCAACUUGACGUCGGGGAAAUCCAACUUUGAAGUCGUUGGAAAAUAGAAUUUCCAGUUCAAGAAAAAUCAUACUUAUUUGAAUUUCCAAUAAAAAACAACUUAGCACUCUUGUUGAACUUCGAACUUUAGAAAAAAAACAACGUGUUCGGUUCAUGAGCAAACACUGGCAUGCCACAGUUUUAGACGCGCUAGUCUUUUAUUAGGCUGAUUCUCUGCCAUAACCAUGCCACAGUUUUAGAUGAGCAAAUCAAUUCGAGAACGAUUCAACAAUAGUAUAUGCUCCCACAGGCUCUUUGAGAGAAGGAGAGAGGAGAGAAAAAGAGUUUCUGUAAAAAGUGCAUGAACAGUAAAUAUGUUAGAGAGAAAUUUGAGU